GCCCGGAGUAGCCUGACGGCGGGCUCGCGCGCGCGCUCGGCCGGCCCCUGCGCCCCGCGAAGCCACUCUCCCUGCCCGGGGAGCCGGCGGGAAGCGGCGCGCGGCUGUAAGGGACGCCCGGAGCCCACGUCGCCGAGCACACGACCCGUCGGGUCUGGCCGCGGAGCCCGCCGCCGAGCGCAGGUGCCCAGACACCAUGCCACAACCCCGCAGACCUGGCACCGGCAGGAAGUAGAAGGCGUCCUCGUCUCCUGUGCCCCCCGUCCUCACCAUGUCUUCGACUCAGGGCGAUGGGGAGCACUGGAAGUCCCUGGAGUCGGUGGGCAUCAGCCGGAAGGAGCUGGCGAUGGCCGAAGCCCUGCAGAUGGAGUAUGAUGCCCUGUCCCGGCUCCGGCACGACAAGGAGGAGAGCAAGGCCAAGCAGAGCGCAGACCGCUCGCUCAUCAGCUGGGACGAGCCUGCCUUGGACUUCUACAGUAAGCCCACAGGAAGGCGCAGUGACCUCAAGCUCUUCCGCGGUCUCUCUGGCUCUGAUCCUACCCUCAAUUACAACUCGCUCUCCCCACAGGAAGGGCUGCCUGGCCACCCUGCCUCCCAGGGCCCCCAGCCUGGCCCGGAUCCCUGGCCCAAGGGCUCCCUGUCUGGAGACUAUCUCUAUAUUUUUGAUGGUUCUGAUGGGGGCCUUUCCUUGUCCCCAGGACCAGCAGACGUAGAUGGCUCCUGCAAGAAACUGUCCCCACCCCCUCUGCCCCCCCGGGUCUCUAUCUGGGACGCCCCUCCUCUGCCUCCCAGAAAGGGGUCCCCUUCACCCUCCAAGACCUCCCAGCCCAAUGACAUCAACACGUUUUCCUUGGUUGAACAGCCGCCAGGCAAGCUGCUAGGUCCUCAGAUCCUGAAAGAGGACGAGCCGCCAGCAGGCGGGGGUCAGGGGUGCCUCCUGGGGCCUGUGGACUAUGACGGCAUCAAUGACGCCAUUACGAGGCUCAACCUGAAGUCAACCUAUGACGCAGAGCUGUUGCGCGAUGCCACCCGGGACUGGAAGGAGGGCCGAGGGCCUCUGGACUUUGGCAAGGACACCCCUGGGAAACCCGUGGCCCGGAGCAAGACUAUGCCCCCGCAGGUGCCCCCACGUACCUAUGCCUCCCGCUACGCCAACCGAAAGAAUGCCACGCCUGGCAAGAACCGCCGGAUUUCCGCUGCUCCGGUGGGCUCCCGGCCCCACGCUGUUGCCAAUGGCCACGAGUUGUUUGAGGUCUCAGAGGAGAGAGACGAGGAGGUUGCCGCAUUUUGCCACAUGCUGGAUGUCCUGCGGUCCGGCUGCGACAUCCAGGACUACUCCCUCACCGGCUACGUCUGGAGUGCCGUCACCCCGAGCCCAGAGCACCUGGGGGACGAGGUCAACCUGAAGGUGACCGUGCUGUGUGACAGCCUUCGGGAGCCGCUCACUUUCACCUGCAACUGUUCCUCCACCGUGGACCUGCUCAUUUACCAGACCCUGUGCUACACCCAUGAUGAGCUGAGGGAAGUGGACGUGGGAGACUUUGUGCUGAAGCCCUGCGGGCUGGAGGAGUUCCUGCAGAACAAGCAUGCCCUGGGCAGCCAUGAGUACAUUCAGUACUGCCGCAAGUUUGACGUUGACAUCCGGUUACAGCUGAUGGAGCAGAAGGCCGUACGCAGCGACCUGGCCCGGACGGUGAACGAUGACCAGAGCCCAUCCACCUUGAACUACCUCGUCCAUCUACAAGAGAGGCCAGUCAAACAGACCAUCAGCAGGCAGGCCCUGAGUCUUCUGUUCGACACCUACCACAACGAGGUGGAUGCUUUUCUGCUGGCUGAUGGGGACUUCCCGCUGAAGGCCGACCGGGUGGUCCAGUCCGUCAAGGCCAUCUGCAACGCCCUGGCUGCCGUGGAAACGCCUGAGAUCACCAGCGCCCUCAACCAGCUGCCCCCCUGCCCUUCCCGCAUGCAGCCGACGAUCCAGAAGGACCCCAGCGUCUUGGCUGUACGGGAAAACCGAGAGAAGGUCGUGGAAGCCCUGACGGCCGCCAUCCUGGACCUGGUGGAGCUGUACUGCAACACGUUCAACGCGGACUUCCAGACGGUGGCGCCCGGGAGCCGCAAGCACGCCCUGGUGCAGGAGGCCUGCCAUUUCUCCGGGGCCCUGGCCUUCACGGUCUACGCCACCCACCGCAUCCCCAUCACCUGGGUCGCCAGCUAUGAAGAUUUCUACCUCUCCUGCUCCCUCAGCCACGGCGGCAAGGAGCUGUGCAGCCCGCUGCAGACCCGAAGGGCUCACUUCUCCAAGUACCUGUUCCACCUCAUCGUCUGGGACCAGCAGAUCUGCUUCCCAGUGCAGGUGAACCGGCUGCCUCGGGAGACCCUGCUGUGUGCCACUCUCUAUGCACUGCCCAUCCCCCCACCCGGGAGCUCCUCGGAGGCCAAUAAGCAGCGACGGGUGCCCGAAGCCCUGGGCUGGGUCACCACCCCGCUCUUCAACUUCAGGCAGGUCCUGACCUGUGGCCGGAAGCUUCUGGGCUUGUGGCCAGCGACACAGGAGAACCCCAGCGCCCGUUGGAGCGCUCCUAACUUCCACCAGCCGGACAGCGUCAUCCUGCAGAUUGACUUCCCCACCUCGGCCUUUGACAUCAAGUUCACCAGCCCCCCUGGAGACGAGUUCAGCCCCCGCUAUGAGUUUGGGAGCCUCCGGGAGGAAGACCAGCGGAAGCUCCAGGACAUCAUGCGCAAGGAGUCCCUGUACUGGCUCACGGAGGCCGACAGGAAGCGCUUGUGGGAGAAGCGCUAUUACUGCCACUCGGAGGUGAGCUCCCUCCCCCUGGUGCUCGCCAGCGCCCCCAGCUGGGAGUGGGCCUGCCUGCCGGACGUCUAUGCCCUCCUGAAGCAGUGGACGCCCAUGAACCACCAGGAUGCCCUGGGGCUCCUGCAUGCCACCUUUCCGGACCAGGAGGUACGCCGCAUGGCUGUGCAGUGGAUCGGCUCGCUCGCCGACGCCGAGCUGCUCGACUACUUGCCCCAGCUGGUGCAGGCCCUGAAGUACGAGUGCUACCUGGACAGCCCCUUGGUGCGCUUCCUCCUGAAACGGGCCGUGUCGGACCUGCGAGUCACUCACUACUUCUUCUGGUUGCUGAAAGACGGCCUCAAGGACUCCCAGUUCAGCAUCCGGUACCAGUACCUGCUGGCAGCCUUGCUGUGCUGCUGUGGCAAAGGGCUACGCGAGGAGUUCAACCGCCAGUGCUGGCUCGUCAACACCCUGGCUAAACUGGCUCAGAACAUCCGGGAGACCGCCCCGUCCGCACGGCAGGGGAUCCUCCGCACCGGCCUGGAGGAGGUGAGACAGUUCUUCGCCCUCAAUGGCUCGUGCCGCCUGCCGCUCAGCCCCAGUCUGCUGGUGAAGGGAAUCGUGCCCAGAGACUGCUCCUACUUCAACUCCAACGCGGUCCCCCUCAAGCUCUCCUUCCAGAAUGUGGAUCCGCUGGGUGAGAACAUCCGUGUCAUCUUCAAGUGCGGGGACGACCUCCGCCAGGACAUGCUCACCCUGCAGAUGAUCCGCAUCAUGAGCAAGAUCUGGGUGCAGGAGGGGCUGGACAUGCGCAUGGUCAUCUUCCGCUGCUUCUCCACCGGCCGGGGCAGAGGGAUGGUGGAGAUGAUCCCCAACGCCGAGACCCUGCGGAAGAUCCAGGUGGAGCACGGGGUGACCGGCUCCUUCAAGGACCGGCCCCUGGCCGACUGGCUGCAGAAGCACAACCCCGGGGAGGACGAGUACGAGAAGGCCGUGGAGAACUUUAUCUACUCCUGUGCCGGCUGCUGCGUGGCCACCUACGUCCUGGGCAUCUGUGACCGACACAACGACAACAUCAUGCUGAAGACCACGGGCCACAUGUUCCACAUCGACUUCGGCCGCUUCCUGGGCCACGCCCAGAUGUUCGGCAACAUCAAGCGGGACCGUGCCCCCUUUGUCUUCACUUCGGACAUGGCGUAUGUCAUCAACGGGGGUGACAAGCCUUCCAGCCGCUUCCACGAUUUUGUGGACCUUUGCUGCCAAGCCUACAACCUCAUCCGCAAGCACACCCACCUCUUCCUCAACCUGCUGGGCCUGAUGUUGUCCUGUGGGAUCCCUGAGCUCUCAGACCUGGAGGACCUCAAGUACGUGUACGACGCCCUGAGGCCUCAGGACACGGAGGCCAACGCCACGACCUACUUCACCAGGUUGAUUGAGUCGAGCCUGGGCAGUGUGGCCACAAAGCUCAAUUUUUUCAUCCAUAACCUGGCUCAGAUGAAGUUCACGGGCUCGGAUGACCGCCUGACCCUUUCCUUUGCCCCCCGAACACACACCGUCAAGAGCUCUGGCCGCAUCAGUGACGUUUUUCUCUGUCGCCAUGAGAAAGUCUUCCACCCCAACAAGGGCUAUAUAUACGUGGUGAAGGUGAUGCGAGAGAGCGCCCACGAGGCCACCUACAUCCAGCGCACGUUUGAGGAGUUCCAGGAGCUGCACAACAAGCUGCGGCUGCUCUUUCCUUCUUCCCUCCUGCCCAGCUUCCCCAGCCGCUUCGUGAUUGGCCGCUCCCGGGGCGAGGCGGUGGCCGAGCGGCGCAAGGAGGAGCUGAACGGCUACAUCUGGCACCUGAUCCACGCUGCCCCCGAGGUGGCCGAGAGUGAUCUGGUCUACACCUUCUUCCACCCGCUGCCCCGGGAUGAGAAGGCUGCAGGCACCAGCGCGGCUCCCAAGUCCUCAGAUGGCACGUGGGCCCGGCCCGUCGGGAAGGUGGGAGGAGAGGUGAAGCUGUCCAUCUCCUACAAAAACAACAAGCUCUUCAUCAUGGUGAUGCACAUUCGUGGCCUGCAACUGCUCCAGGAUGGGAAUGACCCUGACCCCUACGUGAAGAUAUACCUCCUUCCCGACCCUCAGAAAACCACCAAGAGGAAAACCAAAGUGGCCCGGAAAACCUGCAACCCCACCUACAAUGAGAUGCUGGUGUACGACGGGAUCCCCAAGGGAGACCUGCAGCAGCGGGAGCUCCAGCUGAGCGUGCUGAGCGAGCAGGGCUUCUGGGAGAACGUGCUGCUCGGCGAGGUGCACAUCCGCCUGCGGGAGCUCGACCUGGCCCAGGAGAAGACCGGCUGGUUCGCGCUGGGAUCUCGGAGCCCGGGGACCUGAGGAGCCCGGCACCCUGCCUGGGGGACAGGAGACUCCCCGGCGCAGCUCCUCCUCCCGCCCCACGAGGGCGCGGGGCCCUGGGCUGGUGUGCCCUGGGCCAGGGAGGGCCCGGCUCUGCUGCCCCUACCUCUGCAGAGCCCACGGGGUGCAGCAGUGAGGGGCAGCGUUGUUUUAAGUUUACCUUGUGUCAAGGGAGCAAUGCCUGGUGUGGGUGUGUGCGGGUGGGCUGGAUGACGUCACGUUUGCGGAGGGAGGGGUGAAUAGCUUUUAUUUUUAUUUUUAAAGAAUGAAAUGGUAACGUGGUCCUGACUGGGACAGGAAGCCUCGCAGGAAGGGCCGUGGCCGUCCGUGGCCGUCCGUGGCAGCAGGCGAGGAAGGCCUUUGGACGUUUUGUAUGGCUAAGGUUCUUACUGGACUUUUCUCCAGGUUUCUGCUUUCUGUUUUUCUAGCUCCAGGAAUGAUGUGGGGAGGGGCCCAGUGGGUCCUCAGCCGGAGCCUCCCGUCUCCAAGGGCAGGUCGCAGAGGGCGGGAGGGCUGCCCGUGCCAGACUGACGCCGGCAGUCGCUGGGCCUUUGUGAUUUUGCCUCCAAAGGAGAGCAGUGCCAUCCCUGUGUGUAAGGGAGGGAGGGCCUUCCUCGCGGGGGGGGGGGGGGGG